CCACCCGGACAGAGGGCGGGCCCGCCGGCCCCUGCCCGCAGGGGUCGGAGGGGUGGGCCGUCUCCGCUUAGGCGGAGCUCGGGGAGCCGUGGCGCGCGCCGGCCCCCGCGCACACGUGCGUGCAGUGAGCCAGGUGUCUCGCCGCCCCAGCCCUCGGGCCGCGCGCUCCCCGCCCGAGCCUGGCUAGCCUGGCGUCCCGGUUGCAGCCCCGGGGCAGACCGGGCGGGAACGGCCGCGUCCCCCUUCCGGACGCGGAGAGCGCGCGGGGCGCCGACGCCGCCGGUUAAAGUGCCGAGGAGCAGGGGCCGGGCCGGGCCGCCCGCUCCGGGCCUCGACUGUCGGGCCCUCGGCCGAGCCGCCCUGGACAAUCACAGAUAGUGCGUGGGCCAGCCUCGGUCACAGAGUGCACUGUAUCCUGUCCCUUCUGGAUGUGAGGACUUUUCCAGUACAGUACUGAAAAGGAGUGGUUCAAAGGACAUCCUUGCCUUGUUCCUGGUGUCAGCUUUGAGUUUUUCACUACCAGGGAGAACUGGGUCAUCUCAUUGCCCUCCGUGGAUCAGAGGACUUGGGCUAGAUAGAAGCAUGUGGUGUCUCCUACGAGGCCUGGGCCGGCCCGGAGCCCUGGCACGGGGAGCCGUGAGGCGGCAGCAACCCCCGGGGGCCCGGACCCUGGCCAGCGCAGGCUCCGAGAUCCGGGACGAGUACAGCUACGUGGUGGUGGGUGCGGGCUCGGCGGGCUGCGUGCUGGCCGGGAGGCUCACGGAGGACCCCGCCGAGCGUGUGCUGCUGCUGGAGGCGGGGCCCAAGGACCUGCGCGCGGGGAGCAAGCGGCUCUUGUGGAAGAUCCACAUGCCCGCGGCCCUGGUGGCCAACCUGUGCGACGGCAGGUACAACUGGUGCUACCACACGGAGGCGCAGCCGGGCCUGGACGGGCGCGUGCUGUACUGGCCGCGCGGCCGCGUCUGGGGCGGCUCCUCGUCCCUCAACGCCAUGGUCUAUGUUCGCGGGCACGCCGAGGACUACGAGCGCUGGCAGCGCCAGGGCGCCCUCGGCUGGGACUACGCGCACUGCCUGCCCUACUUCCGCAAGGCGCAGGGCCACGAGCUGGGCGCCAACCUGUACCGGGGCGCCGAUGGUCCGCUGCGGGUGUCCCGGGGCAAGACCAACCACCCGCUGCACCGCGCGUUCCUGGAGGCCACGCAGCAGGCUGGCUACCCGCUCACCGAGGACAUGAACGGCUUCCAGCAGGAGGGCUUCGGCUGGAUGGACAUGACCAUCCAUGAAGGCAAACGGUGGAGCACGGCCUGUGCCUACCUGCACCCAGCACUGAGCCGCACCAACCUCAAGGCCGAGACCCAGACGCUUGUGAGCAGGGUGCUGUUUGAGGGCACCCGUGCAGUAGGCGUGGACUAUGUCAAGAAUGGGCAGAGCUGCAGGGCUUACGCCAGCAAGGAGGUGAUUCUGAGCGGAGGUGCCAUCAACUCUCCACAGCUGCUCAUGCUCUCAGGCGUCGGGAAUGCUGACGACCUCAAGAAACUGGGCAUCCCUGUGGUAUGCCACCUGCCUGGGGUUGGCCAGAACCUGCAAGACCACCUGGAGAUCUACAUUCAGCAGGCAUGCACCCGUCCCAUCACCCUCCAUUCAGCACAGAAGCCCCUGCGGAAGGCCCGCAUUGGUCUGGAGUGGCUCUGGAAAUUCACAGGGGAGGGAGCCACUGCCCAUCUGGAAACAGGUGGGUUCAUCCGCAGCCAGCCCGGGGUCCCCCACCCGGAUAUCCAGUUCCAUUUCCUGCCAUCCCAAGUGAUUGACCAUGGGCGGGUCCCCACCCAGCAGGAGGCUUACCAGGUACACGUGGGGACCAUGCGGGGCACGAGUGUGGGCUGGCUGAAACUGAGAAGUGCCAAUCCCCAAGACCACCCUGUGAUCCAGCCCAACUACUUGUCAACAGAAACCGAUGUCAAGGAUUUCCGUCUGUGUGUGAAGCUCACCAGAGAAAUUUUUGCACAGGAAGCCUUGGCUCCGUUCCGAGGGAAAGAGCUCCAGCCGGGAAGCCAUGUUCAGUCAGAUAAAGAGAUAGAUGCCUUUGUGCGGGCAAAAGCCGACAGUGCCUACCACCCCUCGUGCACCUGUAAGAUGGGCCAGCCAUCUGAUCCCACCGCCGUGGUGGAUCCACAGACAAGGGUCCUCGGGGUGGAAAACCUCAGGGUUGUCGAUGCCUCCAUCAUGCCCAGCCUGGUCAGCGGCAACCUGAACGCCCCCACCAUCAUGAUAGCGGAGAAGGCAGCUGACAUUAUCAAAGGGCGGCCUGCACUCUGGGACAAAGACGUCCCGGUCUACAAGCCCAGGACGCUGGCCACCCAGCGCUAAGACAGUUGCUGCUGGAGGAUGACUGGGGAAGCCCCUGAUGAGCCAAGAGGGCCAGCACAGCCCUUGUUCCCAGGCUCCUUCCAGAAACUGUCUAGCACCCUAGGAUCCAGGUGGCUGAGAAUGGCUACUUAUCACACCUCUCCUUUUAUCCCUACUCAGUGGCUGAGAAUGGGACAAACUCUUGGGAAAUGAGACAAAUACUGCACAGUGGAUCAAGCUCCUUUUCCCCAGACUUUUCUCUGUGGGCCGCUGGCAAAGGCCAGCAUUCAGGCUGAGAUGCUCCUCCCUGCCUCCUGGAGGGACAGCAGGGGAAGAGGGUUAACUCCUGCC